AUGCCUUCUAGCAGACCAGCGAGUCCUGCUGCUGCAUGUCUGGCAGCACCUCUGAAUGAUCUCAUGACUCUUGAUAUGGAUGCAGUCCUGUCAGACUUUGUUCGGUCCACAGGGGCAGAACCAGGUCUGGCGAGAGACUUACUGGAAGGCAAAAACUGGGACUUGACAGCAGCAUUGAAUGACUAUGAGCAGCUCCGGCAGGUACACACGGCCAACCUGCCACAGGCAUUCAACGAGGGCAGAUACCACAAGCAGCAGGAGCCAGAGCAGCCUCCCCAGGUGACAAAGGCAGAGCGGCCCUGCCUGCAAAGGCAGGAUGACAUUGCUCAAGAAAAGCGUCUUUCCAGAGGUAUUUCUCAUGCCAGCUCAGCCAUAGUCUCCCUUGCUCGAUCACAUGUAGCAAAUGAGUGCAGCAACGAACAGUUUCCUUUGGAGAUGCCCAUCUACACAUUCCAACUGCCGGACCUUAGUGUGUACAGUGAAGACUUCAGAAGCUUCAUUGAGCGUGACUUAAUUGAGCAGGCAACGAUGGUUGCUUUGGAGCAAGCAGGACGACUGAAUUGGUGGUCCACGGUGUGUACAAGCUGCAAACGUCUUCUUCCCUUAGCUACAACUGGUGAUGGAAACUGCCUCUUGCACGCUGCAUCGUUAGGGAUGUGGGGAUUUCAUGACCGGGACCUUGUUCUACGUAAAGCGCUCUAUACGAUGAUGAGAAGUGGAGCUGAAAGGGAAGCGCUGAAAAGAAGAUGGAGAUGGCAACAGACACAGCAGAAUAAGGAGUCAGGUUUAGUGUACACAGAAGAAGAAUGGGAACGGGAGUGGAAUGAACUGCUUAAACUGGCGUCAAGUGAGCCUCGCACACAUUUCAGCAAAAACGGAGGCACUGGUGGUGGAGUGGACAACUCAGAAGAUCCAGUCUAUGAGAGCCUAGAAGAGUUCCAUGUUUUUGUCUUAGCCCAUAUAUUGAGAAGACCUAUUGUUGUAGUAGCAGACACCAUGUUACGAGACUCAGGGGGAGAAGCAUUUGCACCUAUACCGUUUGGAGGAAUUUAUUUGCCACUAGAAGUUCUACCUAACAGAUGCCAUUGCUCACCUCUUGUGCUAGCCUAUGAUCAGGCCCAUUUCUCUGCUCUUGUUUCCAUGGAACAAAAAGAUCAACAGAGAGAACAAGCGGUGAUCCCCCUGACUGACUCUGAACACAAGUUGCUGCCUUUGCACUUUGCGGUCGAUCCUGGGAAAGACUGGGAGUGGGGAAAAGAUGACAAUGAUAACACCAGACUGGCCAAUUUGAUUCUGUCUCUUGAGGCAAAGCUUAAUCUUCUGCACAGCUACAUGAAUGUAACAUGGAUACGCAUACCAUCUGAGACACGGCAGGCCCCUUUGGCUCAACCAGAAUCCCCUACAGCUUCAGCUGGGGAAGAUGUUCAGUCUCUGGCUGACUCAAUGGACUCGGACCGAGAUUCCAUCUGUAGUAAUUCCAAUGGCAAUAAUGGCAAAAACAGUAAAGAAAAAGAAAAGGACAAGCAGAGGAAAGACAAAGACAAAACCAGGACGGAUUCGGUUGCCAAUAAAAUAGGAAGCCUCAGUAAAACCCUGGGAAUUAAAUUGAAAAAGAAUAUGGGUGGUCUUGGAGGCCUGGUGCAUGGCAAAAUGAGCAGAGCCAAUUCAGGGAACGGAAAAAAUGGUGAUGCAGUAGAGAAAGUCAAAGAGAAGAAAUCCAAGUCUCGAAAAGGGAGCAAAGAGGAGUCUGGACAGUCUGCGAGCACUUCUCCGUCUGAGAAGACCACUCCCUCCCCGACGGACAGAGCGAGCAACUCGCCCGUCGAGAAGACGAGCGCUAAAUCCUUCCCUGACAAGCAGGCCGACCCGUGGAAGUACAGCACCGACGUGAAACUCAGCCUCAAUAUUCUGAGAGCUGCCAUGCAGGGCGAACGGAAGUUCAUUUUUGCUGGCCUUCUUUUGACCAGUCACAGGCAUCAGUUCCACGAGGAGAUGAUAGGCUACUACCUGACCAGUGCACAGGAGCGUUUCAAUGCGGAACAGGAACAGAAAAGAAAGGAUGCUGAGAAAAAGGCUGCACUGAAUGGGUCAUCUAGUAGGAAACUGGAGCCAGAAGCAUAUUCAAAAGAGAAACCGGAACCAUCUCCUCAGGACAGGGCAUCACCCGUCUUGCCUCAAAGCCAUACAACUCAGCUGGUUUUAAAAUUUAAAGACCGCACUAGCCCCACUCCUGGGUCGUUUUCUUCACCAAGUAACGGUGCUAAGAAAAGUGGACCCAUCCCAGUGUCUGCCCACUAUAGCCAUACGCCACCUGUCCAAAGGCAAAGUGUCAUCCAUUUGCAUGAUGUCAACUCCAAGCCAUCGAGCUUCCAAGAUGAUACCUACAAGCCAGUGGUUGGCACCUUAAAGACCUGUGCCACCUAUCCCCAGCAGAACAGAUCACUGUCUUCUCAGAGCUAUAGCCCAGCCCGGAUAUCCGGUAUCCGCACAGUGAACACGGUGGAAUCGCUGAGCUACGCUAUGCCUACUGAACACAAGUCUCAGACAUACACAAAUGGGUUCAAUACUGGUGAUAUUAGAGACUGCUUAGAAUAUGCUGAUGAGGAUGCUCCACAGACCUGGUUGAACAAUGAUAAAAAUCAAGGCAGAAGCACAGUUUGCCCAAUCUAUUCCAUCCAGCAGAACCGCUGUAAGAAGGAGAACUGUUCCUUCUACGGUCGUCCGGAGACUGACAAUUACUGUUCAUACUGCUACAAAGAGGAGUUAAAGCGCAGGGAGAGAGAAAGCAAGGGACACAGGCAUUGAGGAUGCUCCCGUGACUACUUAGUUUUACCAUUUUCUUACUUACAAAGUAAACAGUGUGGAAUGGCAGCAGAAGGAAUCCUUACAAAAAGAAUAAAGGAUUGAUG